UAGCUUUUGUAGUGAUUUAGAUUUGUAAAAGAGGUUAUGUGAAUGUUUGGGUUUUUUCAUCUUUCCUUUCAUAUCCUAAGUACCAGGUGUACUGUUUACUUAUUAGUUUUGAAGUUUGACUGAUUGUUGUGAUUAAUUACUCAAAUACUUAUAUAUUCACCAAAGUUAUGAGUAACCUCAGGGAAAUAGUAAAUGGUAGUCAGCUCUUUGCUCAUACUAACAAAAAAGUGAGCCUUACAGGAUAUGUUAUGCAAAAGGCACCUAACGGAUUAUGGUUUGAAAUAAAAACCACAGAUAAUCAAGUUGUGAGAGUUACAGUGAAGAGACCUAUUGACAGUCAAUUGGAGGGUUACGUUGAGGUUCAUGGUAUUUCAACAGGAAAAGGAAUGAUUGCAGAUGAUUAUAUCACAUUCACCAAUGAAAAUUUUGAUGCAAAAGCACACAAUACCUUAUGUGGUCUUCUGAACUCAAUCCCACGUUUAUGGAAUACUUCAUGAAGUUAUUAUUUUGGCAUUUCAAUAUUUAAGCUUUUGUUCAUUUAUGAUGGUAUAAUAAAAAUUAUGUUUCAGUAAUA